AUGUCGAUCCAGCUGCUGGGGGACCACCUCAAAGAUGCAGACCCCGACAUUUUUGACAUUCUGCAAAGGGAAAAACGUCGACAAAAGCACUUCAUCAAUCUCAUCCCCUCGGAGAAUUUCACAUCUCAAGCCGUAUUAGAUGCAUUGGGUAGCGUGAUGCAAAACAAAUAUUCUGAAGGCUAUCCCGGUGCUCGAUAUUAUGGCGGUAACGAACAUAUCGAUGAGUCCGAAAGGUUGUGUCAGAAGCGAGCCCUUCAGACCUACCGACUUAGCCCUGAAGAAUGGGGCGUGAAUGUCCAAGCCCUUUCCGGCUCCCCAGCCAACCUGUACGCAUAUUCCGCGCUUCUGAACACGCACGAUCGUAUCAUGGGGCUGGACCUACCCCACGGUGGCCACUUGUCCCACGGCUACCAGACACCGACCAAGAAAAUCUCCAUGAUAUCAAAGUACUUUGAAACAUUCCCUUAUCGCCUCGACGAAGCCACAGGCUUGAUUGACUAUGUGAAACUCCGGGAAAACGCAUUGCUGUACCGACCGAAAAUCAUCAUCGCCGGUACGUCCGCCUACAGCCGACUGAUCGACUACGAACGAUUCCGCGCCAUUGCCGACGAAGUUGGGGCUUACCUGUUGAGCGACAUGGCCCAUAUCUCGGGCCUCGUCGCCGCAGAUGUCAUCCCAACCCCAUUCAAGUAUUCCGACGUGGUGACGACCACAACGCACAAGUCCCUGCGCGGGCCUCGCGGCGCGAUGAUCUUCUACCGCAAGGGCGUGCGACGGACGAACAAGAAGGGCGAAAAGGAGAUGUACGACCUCGAGGGCCCCAUCAACUCCUCGGUCUUCCCAGGCCAUCAGGGCGGUCCUCACAACCACACGAUCACAGCACUGGCCGUAGCCCUGAAACAAGCACAAAGCAAGGAAUUCAAAGAGUACCAGCAAACCGUGCUCUUCAACGCCAAAGCGCUCGCCGAGCGGCUCGGCAACGGCGCGUACGCGGGCGGACUCGGCUACAACAUCGUGUCCGGCGGGACCGACAAUCACCUGGUCCUCGUCGACCUGAAGUCCAAAGAGAUCGACGGCGCGCGCGUCGAGCGCGUCCUCGAACUCUGCGGCGUCGCAGCCAACAAGAACACCGUCCCCGGCGACAAAUCCGCGCUCAAGCCCGGUGGCCUGCGCAUGGGCUCGCCCGCGAUGACGACGCGCGGGUUCCAGCCCCACGACUUCACGCGCGUGGCGGAGAUCGUCGACCGAGCCGUGAGCAUCGCGAUUAAAGUCGAUAAGAAGGCCAGGCAGGACGCCGAGGCCAAGGGGAAGAAGAGCCCCGGUGCGGUCAAGAGCUUCCUGGACUAUCUGAAGGAUGGCACGGAGGUAUUGGAGAUCCUCACCCUCAGGCAGGAGGUCGAGGAUUGGGUGGGCACUUUUGGUGAGCCGUGGAUCAAGGAGGGUGCGUCCCACUGA